CUUAUAAAAAGAAAGAAGGACGUUCCAGAGUUAGUUGUUAUUUAAGAUGUCACCGCUAUGGUAAACUUAGGGGUGAUGUAGAUAAUGUAGAUAAUGCUGCCCGACCUGGUUCUAAAAGUAGGAGUUGUGGGUGUAAAUUUAUGAUUGUAGGAAGUAGUCGUAAACCAGGAGAAAGACCUUGGACGGUAAGGGUGUGUCCUGGUGAAAAGGGAAAACAUAACCACCCGUUCUUGGUGUACAGAGAUGGUCAUGUAAGGGCGAGGAUUAAUGUAGAUAUUCGGGAGCACAUACGACAGCUUAGUGCAACCGGAAUGCAACCGGCCUUUAUUAUGAAUUCUAUUAGAGAUAAUUUUCCUGGUUUUUAUGCUAGUAUGAAUCAGAUAUAUAAUAUUAGGCAAUCAAUAAGGAGAGAUGAAAUGGAGGGCAGGACUCCCCUUCAACACUGUCUUCAUAUGGCCACAGAACAUAAUUAUGUGGUCUGGACAGAGUUGGAUAAUGACGGGCACUUGAGCAGACUUUUAAUUGCAAAUCCUACUUCAAUCCAAAUGAUACGUACGUGGCCGUAUGUUGUGCUGAUAGAUACAACGUACAAAACGAACAAACCAAAGUGGCCACUAUGUGAAGUGAUCGGAAUGACGCCAACAAAUCACAACUUCUUGGUUGCGUUUUGUUUGAUGCGAGAUGAGGCGGCUGUGUCGUACUCGUGGGUGCUGCAGGGAUUGAGAGAUAUUUUCGGCACUGCUCAGACUCCUAGCGUCAUUGUAACCGAUCGUGACGAAGGUUUAUCUGCAGCUAUUCGUGACGUCUUCCCAGAUGUACGUCAUUUGUUAUGCACCUGGCAUAUUGGCAACGAUGUUGAGAACAUGGUGGACAAGUUGUGCGGCGGCAAGAAAAAUCAACAAGGGCAGUUAUUCAGGAAAAGUAGAUGGAACCCCUUGGUUGAAAGUGCUACAAUCCGGGAAUAUGAAAAGAGAUGGGAAGGGAUCGUCAGUACGUGGUCGAUUAGGAACCGAAGGGAAUCCAUGACUUCUGUACCAAGAACGCUACGACAGUAUUUCUUUAGACCUCUAUAUCGCCACGUGUCUCUCUAUGCCUUGGAGCAGAUCCAGAAUGAGUUUAACCGCAUGUUAGAACUGGUCCUUAAAUCUGAUCCCGCUUUUGUUCGCCGAAUGGCUGAGGUACUUGAUUAUGAAUUACACCCAGAUGGUGCGGAUAUACCUGAGCCUUACGCUAAUGAUCCAGGAGGUCGUGAUUUCUCACUGUUUCCAUGGCCUGAUUACAUCCCAUUCAUGCUUCCUCCUUAUUUGUUCGACUGGAUUGAUGUAAAAGCACAGGCCGCGAGAAGUGUAAACAAACUAAUACAUAUACUUUGGGUUAAUCGAAAUCAUUUUGUUCAACUAUUUAUGAACGACGAUUCAUCCCCUGUGCCGCCGAUCCACCCACGUUGGAAACAAGCAGCUGACAAUUUCGCGAAAGAUCUUGACACAAAUUUCACUACGAGGAUUAUGCUGUGGAAUAAUCUACGCGGGUCACACCCACCAACAAAUAACACCGCUGACGAUGCUGUAAAUUUAGAUACUCCAUAG